AUGAAGAAGAGUCCAAGAAGGGAGAGAGGCGUGUUCAUGGGAGUGCUCGUUCACUGCCCCGCUCCUCUUACUGCCUCCAUUGUGAUGGCGACGGCUAUCCCAACUCAUCCCCGGCGGGCGUGGAAGGAGGAGAGUUGUGGCGGUGAGCCAUUUCCAAACUUGUCGGCGCGGCCCAUCUCGACAUAUCCAGCUCAGCAGGCAAGACUGCCAGCUUUGGAGAUUCUACAACAGGAGAAAUACCUCGUAAUAGAAUCCUACAUGGGAGCCAGUUAUUGGGACGAGAACAAAAUUAUGAUCGCUCCCGACUUUUGGCCAGUCUUGAAGUGA